AUGAGUACCUCUGGCUUGCCUCUCUCAUAUGUGAACGCACUCAAUAUCGGCAAACAGUCGAGGAGCGCAGCGAUAGGCUUGUUAUUUUACGACCACUUACUCAGCCUAGAUCGCGAGGUUGAGUUCGUCUGGACAGCCGACAAAAAACGACCAGCAUUCUGGUUGUACAUCUUUGUGAGCACCCCGGUUUUCGCAUCCCCGGGACUCUCCGCCAAUUCAUGGCAGAACCGGUUCUUUGCUCUUGCCUACUACAUUUUUGAUACUAUCCCAAUUACGCCCGCUGGACGGACGCCUUCAAAUGCUGGCACCAGCUGUGUUAUAUAUCUCAUGUGCGACGCUAUAGUGACUACCCUUUCGACACUGGCUGUGCAAGUUGUCCUACAGCUUCGGAUAUAUGCUUUAUACGAACGAAAUCGAAGAAUCCUCAUACUACUUGUUACGUUAUGUUCCCUCGAAGUCGUUGCCAUGGCCGUCCUCGUUGGCAUCACCAUGGGCCAUCUUGAAGGCCUUCCAUUGAGGUCCACAGCGACAGGUUGUGCAUAUCAGGGUCUACUCUCGCUCUCGUCGCUCUUCUGGAUCCCCGGCCUGGUCUAUGAGCCGAUCCUCUUCGUCCUGGUUGCGUACAAGGCGUGGGACCCCUUCGGGCGUCAACCGACCUUACCGCUCGUCAAACGAAUUGCCCGCGACAGCUUGAUGUAUUUUGUCGCCGUCUUCGCCGAGCUGCUCGUCAGCACCAUCAUCUGGGCGCACGCGCCGCAGUACAUCAACAUCGUGAACCCGUGGUCCGCGGCGCUGCCGUCCCUACUUGGGAGUCGGCUUAUGCUCAACAUGCGCGAAGCUGUCUUCAACAACGGUUCCACAAACACCUACAUCAUAGAGACAUUCACUGACGCCUCGCCCGACAUCACGUAUGCGCGGCAAGGCAAUGAUGAAGAGAACGAGAUGAACGAGAUAUCAUGACACAAGAAAUGACGGGGAAUGUACUAGGCUGUUUGCCACGAUGUUGAUUAUUGUCAGGAAGACUAUCGAACUUACAUGAAUGUACGCUGGUUGUGGCCGCCGUCCUGCAGGUUAACGAAGUAAGUAGUACUGACAUUUCGCUCUGUAGAUUCUGGCAACCUGUUCGCUUGUCUGACGUCGC